GCCAUGUUGCUACGUUGCUCUCGAUGGUCUCGGCCUGUAGGCUUGUGGGUGGAUUUUCCUCGGCACCAUUCAAUGGAGGCGUCAACGGCAUUCAUGGGUAAAGUCCACUUUGUUUCUUUCUCUUCUGGAUCACCCGGUCAAGGACCGACAACGUUCAGCCAUGUGGAUGUCUGGAUCGAGCCUGAAGCAUCCCCCCCUUCUGCUGCUACUCGGUUUUCAGCCGAUGCUCUCGACGCCUGUGAUAAGAAGCCGUUGUUCCUGCCGAAUGAUAAUAGUCAUUGGUGGUGCGACCCAAGCACUGAGUAUGCUUUCGUUGGCUUCAGCUACGAAGUCACUGCUUGCCAAACCCGAGAGCAACUUCAUAAAGAAUUUUAUGAUAUAAGGCAUCACUUCAAAAGCCGAUAUGUUCGACUGUAUGGUGCAUGCGAUCGCGAGGGUUUCUAUGACGAUAUUGUGGAUGCAGCAUGGGCGAACACGUUAGGGGUGCAUGCCCUAAUCUGGUUCGGAUUCAAUCUGGAUGACAUAUGGAUCGGCCGACGCGAUAUUCUGUUGGCUGCUUUGCACACGAAUCCAAAAGCCAAAUUUGUGACUCGAGUACUGCAAUUCGGUUCAGAACCCCUUUUCGACGGGGUUCUCCCUCAUGAUCAACUCGCAGAACAAGUCUUAUUGGCCAAAGCUAAUCUCUCCAGCCUCAACAUUCCCGUUACUGUUAGUGAACUUGCGUUUGGAUAUCAAGAACGCGGGGGUGCUCAGGACGUACUCGAUGCGAUUGAUUCUAUCAACAUUCACAUGCUGCCAUUCUUCGCUCAGGAUGCAAGUACUGCCGAUCAAGCUUGGCCUCUUGUACAACGAGACCUUCAGUGGUUCAUUGACCACGGUAACGGAAAGAAGAUGUACUUCGACGAGAAUGGAUGGCCCUCUGUGACUUCGCCAAGCGUGCAGCCAAACAGCCCACUGGCGGUCGCUGACAUUCCUAAUGAACAUGAAUACUACAUCCUUCUUGACCAACAUUGUGAAGACCUGAAGUCCGUUGUCGGCGGAGGCGUUGGCUGGUUCGCACACAUAUAUUCUGAUUCUAUGGAACCCGGAUAUGGCAUUUAUAACAUCAGUGGAGACAUGAAAUUCCCAUUCGAGCCCAGGACGCAUUGCUGAAGUGACAUUGCCGAUAGCAGCUUUCGUUCAAGUACGAUGAACCGCGGAAUAAAAAAAAUACUGACCUUACGAAAGCGACAUCGCUCUCAGGGGACAAUGACGACUCGCUCAACUCAAAAUGCUCGUAGUCACUAGCAUCGCAAUAUGGUUAAAAUAAGAUAUACAAUGACAUUCUCGAACAUCACAGCUAAUGUCCCAUG